GGUGGAAACGUGAAAGAACGAGCUUAUGCGCAGAACGCUUGAGGUCACGAGACCUCCAGGGAAGAAGAGGAAGAGAGAAGUUGGUGAAGCAAGACCAGGAAUGCUUCCGAAGAGAGGAACUAAGAUUCAUUGUGGCCUCUGUAGACAAGAAGGACACAAUAGGUUAUAUUGUGAGAGUCUACUUGUCGAGGGGCCGCCAAAGAACCCAUGUGGGAGGCCAAGGAUAAGACCGAUUACAUCUUUUCGAGUGCCGGUUAUAUCUACAUCAUCUUCUCAAGCAUCUGUGGAACCAUCUCAAGUACCAAGGAUUUCUUCUCAAGUUGUUACACACAGCCAACCACUUGAAGAUAUUCCAAGCCCUUCACCUGCUCUCCCAAAAAAGCGUCGGGGAAAACCUUGCAAAAGCCAGUUUGAUGGUGUUUCAUCCUCUCAACCCAACCUAACUACUCGACAAGAACCUAUUUAUGACACCGAGCCACUACAUCUUCGAAGGGAGACAGAUGGUCUCUUUACAAGCUCUUUGACUGGUGAUGACUAUGUCUGCAUUGGCUCACGUGUGACUGAUACAAAUGACAAUACUAUCUUACCAAGACGCUUUAUCGUUCAAGAGAGAAGAACAAAAUUGGCUGCUUGCAAUCGUUCAAGAGAGAAGAAGAAGACUACUGAGAAGUGAUCUUCGUUUUGUGUCUAAAACGGUUGAUUGCCAAACUCUGUUUAACUAUCCUUAUGCUUUAGUUAUUGUUUUAAAAUUUGCUUAUGUGCUGUCUUUCAAUUUUAAACUUGGUAUCCUUUUGAAUCUUUGUAUAUCAAACUUGGUUUUCAUGUGUUUUAUC